UCCGUUUUGUUGUGUUGCAUAGGGGAGGCAAUCAGUCCAACAGAAGGAGAAAUCCUAUUAACAGAAACAGCAGGUCGCAUGAAUGCAACGGAAAGCCGUUCUCUCGAAUGGACUGAGUUGAGCUUCAGGAUGAGCGAUAAGGACCUGCUCGGUGUUCUGGAUGGCGGCUCGAGCGACUCUCCUCUGCAGAAGCUCUCCCCGGCAGGUUUCGUUGCGCUCGCCGUCUUCUUGGGCUUUAUUAUGACGUUUGGCUUUUUGAACAACUUUCUCGUAUUGCUGCUUUUCUGUAAGUUUAAAAAGCUCAGGACGCCGGUGAACAUGCUCCUGCUGAACAUUAGUGUAAGUGAUAUGCUGGUGUGCGUGUGUGGUACGACCCUGAGCUUCGCCUCCAGUGUGCGCGGGCGCUGGCUGCUGGGGAGAAGCGGCUGCAUGUGGUACGGCUUCAUCAACUCCUGCUUCGGUAUUGUCUCUCUAAUAACUUUGGUGAUUUUAUCUUAUGAGCGAUACAGCACAAUGACCGUGCAUAACAACCGAAGACAAAGCUACCUCAAACACUUACUGGCAGUCGGUGGCUCAUGGCUGUACUCUUUGAUUUGGACCAUACCACCCUUGUUGGGCUGGAGUAGUUACGGCUUAGAGGGAGCGGGCACCAGCUGUUCCGUUUCAUGGACCGAUCAUUCUCCCAAAUCUCAUUCCUACAUCAUCUGCCUGUUCGUCUUCUGCUUGGGUCUGCCAGUGCUGGUGAUGGUGUACAGCUAUGGCAGGCUGCUAUACGCGGUCAAAAAGUUAGGGAAGAUUCAUAAGACAGCUCGAAGGAGAGAUUACCACCUGUUGAUUGUGAUCAUCACCACUGUGGUGUGUUAUCUGCUGUGCUGGACACCAUACAGUGUGGUGGCCAUAAUGGCUACGUUUGGCCGACCGGGAAUCAUUACACCAGUAGCAAGCAUAGUCCCCUCUCUACUUGCAAAGAGCAGCACAGUCAUCAACCCAAUUAUAUACAUCUUCAUGAACAAACAGUUCUACAGAUGUUUCCUGAUGCUGUUAGGCUAUAAGGAAAGGUCAGCACUGACAGAAGGCCACUCUUUAAUGGCCACCAACGAAACUCGGAUCCAGCUCAAAAGCAUCAUGCUUACCAACCCAGCGUCCUGUAGAGCACGUGCAUCCCCCCUCCUGCAGGAGGAAUGCCGGUGUAGCGAGGUCGCAUUGGAACAAAGCGGCACAACCUAACACUUAGCACUAGCAUUCCACAUCACACUCUCUGUAUUCAAUAUGUGCUUGUUCUGUGUCUGUGCCUCUGUCAAAUGAUCUGGUGUCUGUUUUUUUUUUGUUUUAUGUGGUGUUCCUGACACUACUUUACUAGACAUGGCCUUGUUUGAGAUUGUCUGUUG